UCCCUCUCUCUAUGGUCUGUUAUCGAUGGGAGCGAGGCAUUUUCGAUGGCUGCGCGCGUCAUAUCCGGACGAUUCUGAGAUGCCGUCCUGGGCGGCAAUCGAGGAUAGGCAGCAGAGGAAGAUGACGAGGGGGAGAUGGAAGAGGCAGUGAAAACCGAGGACACGUGUUAAACUGAAUAGCUCUCUACUACGGCUUCUCCUAAGAAGAUCCUCACAAAGCUGUGAGGCUGGAAUAUAUUUAUAAACACAGAACGUUGUUCACUUUGAACUCUUAAGCUUUGUGCCUUAUCCAGAUCGACUUUGGGAAUCGGAAACUUGAAUCAAUGUUAUCGGAUGAGUUAGAGUCUAAACCAGAGCUGCUGGUUCAAUUUGUUCAGAACACAUCUAUUCCACUAGGACAGGAGCUUGUGGAAUCAGAACCUAAAGAUAUAACCUGUUUGUCUCUCCUUCCUGUUACUGAACCCCAAGAAUGCAACAGACUGAUGUUGCCAGAUGACUCUCCAGGUCAUACUAGCUCCUCAAAGGAUGUCUCCUCUUCUGCUGUUUUGCGAAGCCUCCAGGUGAAUGUUGGCCCUGAUGGUGAGGAGACAAGGGCACAAACAGUACAGAAACCACCUGAGCUUCUGCCAAGCCCUGAUACGUCUAGCUUAUUGCAAGACCUCCAACCCACUGAUAGCACUUCUUUUAUCCUUCUCAAUUUAACAAGAACAGGCCUAGGUUCUCCCUCAGAGCACUUGGUGUUUGUCCAAGAUGAAGCAGAAGAUUCUGGGAAUGAUUUCUUCUCGAAUGAUAGCACCGACAGCAGUACCCCAUGGUUUUUGCGAGUGCAGGAACUGGCUCAUGACAGUUUGAUUGCUGCCACUCGAGCACAGCUCGCAAAGAAUGCCAAAGCAAGCAAUAAUGGUGAAAAUGUUCAUGUUUGCUCAGGAGACCCUCAACCGAAAGAAUCCAGCCCUAUUCCUCACUUGCCUCGGGUGGAGAAAAAGUUGAAAUGUACAGUUGAAGGCUGUGACAGGACAUUUGUGUGGCCGGCCCACUUCAAAUAUCACUUAAAGACUCACAGGAAUGACCGUUCCUUCAUUUGUCCAGCAAAAGAUUGCGGGAAAAGCUUCUAUGUCCUGCAGAGGCUGAAGGUGCACAUGAGAACGCACAAUGGUGAGAAACCAUUCAUCUGCACCGAGCUAGGUUGUGGGAAGCAGUUCACGACAGCUGGGAACCUGAAGAAUCACCUGCGGAUUCAUACUGGGGAAAAGCCCUUCUUGUGUGAGGCUCAGGGCUGUGGUCGCUCCUUUGCUGAAUACUCCAGCCUUCGGAAACACCUAGUUGUCCAUUCAGGAGUAAAGCCCCACCAGUGUCAAAUAUGUGGGAAGACAUUUUCUCAGAGUGGUAGUAGGAAUGUACACAUGAAGAAACAUCAUUCCAGAGUUGGAACAGAUAGCAACAGACAGCAUGAACAAACAGAAUCGUUGAUGGGCAGUAGUUUGUUGGAAGAAUCUGAAGUGCACAGUAAGAAUCUGGUGUCCAUGAGCUCACCUCCCAGCCUUGGUGUAGAAUCCUUGCAUUUGCCAGACACAGAAUCAAUUAUUGGUGUAAAGGAAGAAGUUCUUGCUGAAGCAACAACAAACUCUCUCCAUGCUGCAUCUGAUGUGGUUUUGCCAUCUCAUCACCUGAUGCCCAUGUCAACAUCAAGACACUCCUAUGGGGUGUCAUCUUUACUACAGUAAAUCUACAGUUACAAAAGGAAGAGCAAAUGAAUGAAGUAUUCAACACAAGAUAUGAAGCUAAAGAAGAAGCUUGUGUGAUGAUGGGCUCAAGAAACCAUGUGGUACUUGAAUCCCCAGAGUUUAUGCUGUGCCUCUAUUGUACUUAUUGUGACCUGUCAGACCAGAGGCCUGGAAUAUGGUUUGCUUCAAUCACUGGAACCUCUGAAGAAGGGCUUCAGGAGCUUUUACUAAUGUCUGAACAGGGUACUGUUCCUAUUGAACCUGGCACCCCAAAGGCGAGGAGGUAAUACUCUUGGAACUAGUUCCAAGCCACUUUUUUCUCUCCUGAAGCUGAUCAUAAGCUCAGCAUUAUAUUGACUCGUUCUUCUUGGAGGAGUAUCUAUAGAUGGUAGUGAAUUCUGCAACAAGGCACUGCAGUUCUGUUCUUGCUUCUGAAUUAUCAGGUGGUUUGUGGUUUCUCUUUGAGCCAGAUCUUCCACAUCUCCUUGCUUGGUGCGGAUAUACUCUCUAAUAUGGUUUCUGCUCCAUACUGAAGACGUGAUGUUGUUCAGAGGAUUGCCUCAGACACCCUUGCUUCUUGCUGUGAUUUUAAUUUCUAAUUAUUAGGGCUUAAUUUAAAAAAAAAUCAGAGGUAGAAUCUAUUCAGUAUUCUUCAGUUGUAAAUAAACUAUCUACUUCCAACUCCUGA